UUGCUCAAAUUCUGGCAAGAGCUUCGCAAGAUAUUGCGUAAAAUUGUCUGUCUUCAUUUAAAAACACAUGUUUCAUUCAGGACAUUGAUUGCUUUGGUUUUUUUGAAUUUCAAAAGACUGCUUAUUCUUAAAAUGUGCAUUGCUGACAAUGCAUUUAAGUUUUGAACUUGAAAAUGAAAGCUGAUUUUAUCAUGAAUUCUCUGCUUCAAAUCGUCUGUAUUUUGAAACUAAUGCUAGGAACAAAAGCCAUUUCUGAAUACCGUAACACUAGUUGCCUGCAAGAACAACACAUUCUCGAUACCCCGUUUAUAUCUAGCAUCAGUGGGAAAUUCGUGUCCAAUCUCUCAUUUGAACCACUGGACAACUGGACAGGUUCUGAAGGUCAUAAAGGAAGGGGGAAUCCAUGGGAUUUAUAUAUAACCAUACCACUGAACACUGGCUCCUUCACCCUGGAACUUUAUAAACAGAACAUUCACACAAGCCGGCGAUACAGAGAGUGGACUUCCGGAAAUAUCACAUACUCCAAGACAGUACUGGACGACUGUUACUAUCAGGGAUCCGUUAUUGGUCAGGAUAGAAGCUUCGUGGCCGUCUCUCUGUGUGAAGGAUUGAAUGGCUACAUCCAGACAGAAGACUACGAAAUUUCAAUUGAUCAUCUGAAAUCCAAAGAAGACAGCAAUGCACCGACACAUUAUAUAAAACUGUGUUCCAUUCCAAAAGAUAUUGGACGUAUGCGGCCAAUCGAAAGACACCUUAAAAGGACAAAAAGGCAAACAAACGGUGGCAGGAAAUAUCUGGAGGUCCUCAUUGCAGCAGAUACAAGUGUCACAGCCCUAGUGGGCAAAGACAAACUGGACACCUAUCUACUAACUCUAAUGAACAUUGUGAACAGCAUAUAUAAACACAAAACUUUGACUGUUGAUAUAGAAGUUAUUACUGUUAAAACUCUGGAGACUGACAAACAAACGGAGAGCGAUAUAAUUUCCCGUAACGAUGCCAGAAAAACUGUGGAUAACUUCUGUAGAUGGACAACUAAACAGGCUUACAACAAAAUGAACGGCAAUGGAGGAUAUCAUUUUGACGUCGCUGUACUUCUAACGAGAACUGGGAUAGGCCCUGCAGGUUACGCCCCAAUCACUGGGAUGUGUAACCCAAGCCGAAGCUGCGCUGUGGUGAAGGACGAAGGUUUCACAUCAGCAUUCAUUAUUGCCCACGAGGUGGCUCAUGUAUUUGGAUUAUUUCACAAUGGUCACGGUAACACGUGUUCUGGUCGUCAGUAUGAAACAAGUAUCAUGAAUGCUAUGGUGAGAUCAAAUCUACAACAUUACUGGUGGACAGACUGCAGUAACAAGAAAAUGAAAGAAGUCAUACCGUCACUGACAUGCUUGAAUAACAGACCAUCUACAUCAACAUUUGUUGAACCACCUCUAGGAAAACAGUUCUCACUCUCGGAGCAGUGUCGUAACGAGUUCGGGGCCGGUAAUGUUCUAUGUCAGCGGUUUUAUGGAGAUAUAUGCGCGAUGCUGUGGUGCUCUGGUCCUGGGGAUCGAGGGAAUGGAAUGUGCAAGACCAAGCGAUCACCUCCUCUAGAGGGGACGCCAUGUGGACCCGAAAAGCAUUGUGAAAACCAUCGUUGUGUUUAUUUCGGUCAUCACACACCUGUUAACGGAGGUUGGAGCUCCUGGGGAAAAUGGACCUCGUGUUCGUCUGCUUGUGGUGUUGGGUUACGUCAAAGGACACGCGACUGCACUAAUCCAGAACCUAAGUAUGAUGGAAAAGAGUGUACCGGACCGAGCGACGAGAUGGAUACUUGCAAAUCUACAGAUUGUACCUCAUUUACAGAUGUUCGUAAGGUACAGUGUUCCAUGUUAGACUCAAUGGGAGUAAGGUCUGGACAACAUCACUGGAUGCCAUACCAAGUCAAGGAUCCUGAGAAAUUGUGCGUCCUGUCAUGCGUUUCCAGUCUUAACGGAGAAAUUGCAACGUUUGACAACAUUCCUGUGGAUAAUGGCGUCCCUUGUUCUUAUGACGAUCGAAGUAACAUCUGUGUGGACGGAAAAUGCAUUGAUGUAGGCUGUGACGGGAAAAUGAAUUCCACGGCCAAGGAAGACAGAUGUGGAAUAUGUAAAGGCGAUGGCUCUCAGUGUAAAACAGUGAAGGGAAGAUUCCACAAAAAAUUCAAUGCAGCCCAAACAGUCUACGUAGAUUUACUCUUACUACCAAAAGGGGCGAGGGACAUCACAAUCAAAGAGCUAUCUACAGCGUCACAUUUUAUCGCUCUUCAGAACCCUAGAUAUGGCACGUAUAUCUUAAAUGGCGGGCGUUCACGUGGUCCAUCACGUGAGUUUGCCGCAGCUGGAGCUUGGUUUGUGUACAAGAACAGCUAUCCAGAAAAACUUCAAUCAAAAGGUCCAAUUCAGAGCAGACUAGAAGUCUUGGUAUUUCCGGGUAAUAGAAAUUCUUAUGCAUCCUACGAAUACCACUACACGAUUUCAAAAGACGAUAAUACUCAUGAAAAAAUGAUGUAUUACUAUAAGUACGAAGGGUGGACGGACUGUUCCGUAACUUGUGGAACAGGUGAGCAGAGACUUAUCUAUGGCUGCUACAGUAAAGAAAAUGACACAAAAGUGGACAGAGAAAAGUGUCAGUACUUGAAGGACCCGACAGGAAAACCGCAUAAAUGCGACAGAAUUGCGUGCAGAGCUCAUCAGUUUAGGUGGGCAAUGCUAAAUGACUGGACAGACUGUAAUGAAACCUGUGGUAUAAAUGGCGUACAACAUCAAUUAUACACUUGUGAAAAGGAGACAAAUGGCAAGAUAGAGGAGGUAGACUUGUCCUUAUGUGACAAGGUUCUUCCCCCUCCAACAUACUCCCGAGCUUGUAACAGGGUCAGGUGCCAGGAAUAUAUCUGGACAGACACAGGAAAGUGGGGUGACUGCUCAAAUACUUGUGGUAGCAGUGGUGAAAGAACCAAGAUAUAUUACUGUGCAGACGAUUCGAAGAGAAAAGUAGAUGACACAAUGUGUGAAGGUGUUAAACCAAAGAAAACCACGGAGUGCAAUAGACAACCUUGUAUAACAGAAUCAUACAAACUAUCACCCACGAAAAACUGGGGACCUUGUUCAGCCACAUGUGGUGAAAACAGGUAUCAAACUAGGUUGAAGGAAUGCGUUCUGGUAAAUUCUAGAAAUGAAACUGUAAAAGUGACUAUGUCAAAAUGUUCCGAAUUUCAAGAAGAGGAUGAGAUUCGGCCAUGUAGUUAUGUACCGUGUUAUCAGGCCACUUACGAUUGGCUGUUAGUCAAAGACUGGUCUACCUGCUCACAUGAAUGUGGAGAAGAGGGUAUUCAACAUCAGUUGUACAGAUGUUUCGAUGUGACAUAUGAAUAUGCCAUGAAAAACGUAGAGGAUGACUUUUGUGAUGAGUCAGGUAGUGCCAAUGUCACUAGACCAUGUAAUAGAUUUGACUGUUUCAGUUUUAAAUGGCUGUCGCAAUCCUGGAGUGAAUGUAGCUCAACCUGUGGGACUCAAGGGAUUCGUACACAAACGUUUUCUUGUUCAAAAGUAUAUUUAAACAAAACAAUGGAAGAUGUAGAUUCUUCGUUUUGCAGUAAUAUGUCUUAUCCUGUUAUAACCGAAGACUGUAACAGAGUUCCCUGCGAAUCUAAGGUGUAUAGCUGGAUCAUGGUGCCACAGUGGACAGAGUGUUCAGUAUCUUGUGGAGGAGGUACCCAAUCCGCACUUUUCAAGUGCUUUGAAGUUUAUAAGAACAAUACAACGAUACCAGCGGCUGACGAACAUCUCUGUAGUCAUAUUCAUAAGGCUCAUUAUGAGAGACCUUGUUCAUUAGGCCCUUGUGAACAUUAUCAGUGGAGUGAGGCAUUCGAUUGGACUGCUUGCUCUACCUCCUGUGGUGAAGAUGGUGUUCAACGAAAAAUACAUGUGUGUGAAAAGGUAUCAGCAGAUGGCUCAGUCAUUCCAACUUCUUCAUCUUUCUGCAAAAAUUUACCAGAUAUAUCUGAAACGCGUUCUUGUAAUAGAAUACCCUGUGUUUCUUGGAGAUACAGAAUUACUCAAUCUCCGUACCUUUCCGAGUGUUCAGAGACAUGUGGGAGUAAAGGCAUUCAGUAUUACCAAUAUUCCUGCGAAAAAGAAUUUUUAAAUAACGGUACAGCUGUGGAAGAUGAUAUGGAGCAUUGUAGAAAUAUUUUAUUUCCUAACACUACAUAUCCCUGCAACAGAGUACCUUGCCCCCGAGAAUGGGUCACCGACAGCUGGGGUCGGUGUUCCGUUUCCUGUGGUGUGGGAGUGCAGACGAGAUACAUAUUCUGUGGGUCGAUCGAGGAAAAUCUUAACCCAUCCGAGUGUCCAGGCACCCGUCCAGUUACCACUAAAGUUUGCAGUCAGCCGGAGUGUCGCAAUGAACUUUGUGUGGACAAGAUCUCACUUUGCAGUCGAGGCGCCACACGCAAUACAUGUAGAUACAGAGGAUAUAAAUUUAUGUGCUGUGCUUCGUGUAGGAGAUUCCGAAAUUAAAACUGCGGUUGUCGGUCUCAGUAAGUCAAUGUCAACUCUCCGGGCAGUGUCCCAUACUGUACAGGAUUUUAUGAGAAGAUACUAGAUAGUGCACGUCACCAUAAAACACUUCAACUUCAAUAUCUUAAAGUAAUGAAGAGAACAACAGUUGUUUGUAUGGAUUUAUUAUUUUCAAAUCACGUGCAUUAACUUUUAUAACAAAUAUUAUUCACUUUAAUAGUGCUGAUAUGAAAUAGGUAUAAAAAUCCAAAUUGGAUACUUGUACAUAUACAUGCUACAAAUACUACAUAUAGAUAUAAUGAUAACGAAGUAAGUUUUAACAUUUUAACAAGUGUUCUUACAAGAUGGAGAAAAUAAUUUUAGAUUGGAUAUAUAACAUUUUUUUGAUAAUCAACAAACGUUUGUAUUUAUUGUCAUAAUAUUCCAUUUGCAAUAAGAAAAUUAAGAAAUUUGAGACAGAAAAGAUUUGUUAAAAAAACUUGAAAAUCUUAAAGCAUGCAGGAAAAAAUAAAUGAAGCUAAACAGAGAUUUCCUUGAUAAGAUUUCAUAAGGUAUUCUGAAGAAAGUGAAUGUAAAAUUCACAUUGCUUUACAAUGUCUAAUUUUAAUUGUUUUCCUUUGGUAAAAAUUGAAAUUGAAGCUAAAAAUGCUUUUUUUUUCGGACAACAGGACUAUAUACAUUUAAAUUUCAUUAUAUAAGAUCUAGCUCAGAAGUCUCGCUGAAACUCAUUAGACUCACCGAAAUCAUGUAUAUUUAAAAAAAUUGUUUUAGAUUUUGGACUAAUGUGGAUCAUACAUACGGUAAUGCGAGAGUGUAAAAGUGGGCAGUUUGUUUGUUUUGUCAUUGUGAUAAAAAAUAUUUGAUUUAUUGCAUGAUGAAAUAAAGGUGUAAAGGCUUA